GGAAAAAUGAGCCGAGCGGUUCGCGGAUGACGUGGUGGUCCACGCACUAAUUUCCCACCUUUUUGCGCUUCCUCAUAUCCAACCCCGAAAAUCACUUCGGAGCUUCGCCUCACCAGUACGAAGGUUUCGCUGAUGCGGAAUUUCCGACGAAGAUGAUGAUAUGAGCGCUCCGAUCGCCAUUUCCGAGGGUCUCGAUAGCCGCAUGUGGGGAUCGUCGUCGUCGAGUGUGUUGAGGAGGCAACUCUUUUUGAUUCGAUCGUUGGGAGGGUUCCGCCACAAGGCGCAAAUGGCGGGGAGAGGGGCAUCUCCUACGUUGGAGGCCGAUGCGGAGGGUGUUAUCCGAAGAAUCACCCCGGUUUUGGAUCCAAUUAGGUACAAAGGACAAGCAGGCAAGAUAGCAGUUAUCGGUGGAUGCCGUGAAUACACGGGUGCUCCAUAUUUUGCUGCAAUAUCAGCCCUAAAAAUUGGUGCUGAUUUGUCACAUGUAUUUUGCACAAAAGAUGCUGCGACAGUAAUAAAAAGUUACAGCCCUGAGCUGAUUGUACACCCUAUACUGGAAGAGUCAUACAGCAUAAGGGAUGACGAGAAAGCAUCAGUUUCCACUAAAAUUCUGGCGGAAGUUGCAAAGUGGAUGGAGCGAUUUGAUUGCAUUAUUGUUGGUCCAGGUCUUGGGCGGGACCCGUUUCUUCUGAAUUGUGUAGGUGACAUCAUGAGGCAUGCAACGCAGUCGAACGUCCCAAUCGUUGUUGAUGGAGAUGGUCUUUUUCUUGUCACGAACAACCUCGAUCUUGUAAAGGACAACUCUCUCGCUGUCUUGACACCCAAUAUAAAUGAGUAUAAGCGCCUUGUUGACAAGGUUUUGAACUGUGAGGUAAAUGAUCAAGAUGGUUCUGAACAACUACUGCAGCUUGCUAAGAGAAUUGGAGGAGUAACAAUUCUUCGUAAAGGGAAAGCUGAUCUUAUUAGUGAUGGCAAAACAGUCUCUCGGGUCAGCACUUAUGGAUCCCCUCGGCGUUGCGGUGGUCAAGGCGAUAUCCUUUCUGGAAGUGUUGCGGUAUUUUCAUCAUGGGCACGCCAUCAUCUAUUGUCAAACAAACAACCCACUGAAAGGAGUCCAAAUCCAAUGAUACUUGGGUGCAUAGCUGGUUCACUACUGUUGAGGAGAGCUGCAGCGCUCGCUUUCGAGAACAAGAAACGAGCAACUUUAACCACAGAUAUUAUUGAGUGCUUAGGAAAGAGCUUGGAGGACAUAUGCCCUGCUGUGUAAUGAUGCCUUUUUUCAAAAUUUCAGAUGACCUCCAACAGUAAAACUUGAAUUCUCUCUUGGAAUGCCACUUUAGAACAUCUUUGUUAUGAUCUUAUCUUACACUUACCUGGUACGAAUGGACGUACUGUUACCACAAAGAGACACAUGCCUUGUCAAAAUAAAGUACUAAAAAAUUUUAUCUGAUUACACCUUGCUAAAGAUAUAGUACAAUCACGUUGCCUGUUUGAAUGUC